AUGCUUCGUCAAAAUAGUAGAAGUAAAUGUGAAGGGGCACGAUCUCCAUUUCAAAUUAUCGCGCAAGAGGGUGCUGGAAAAAUUGGCAAAUAUCUUUUAAUUGUAAUUAUUUAUUUUCAAUUAUUGGGUGCUGGUGUCGUGUUUUUAUUACUAACUGCACAAAAUAUGCAAAGUUUACUUCAUGCCCUUCAUGUUCAUGUAUCAUUUUGUUUAUGGAUUUUGAUUGUUACUGCUAUUCUUAUACCAUUCUGUUGGUUUGGAACACCCAAAGAUAGCUGGAUUUUAGCGGUUAUUGCAAUGGUUUGUACGGCUAUUGCCGCUUUAUUUAUAUCAAUCAGUGCCCUGAGAGAUCAUAAACACCAUGAGCCGCCAAGUCCGGUUACAUUUAAAACAUUUUCAUUUUCGAUGGGUAUUAUGUUUUUUAGUUGGGGUGGUAGUGCCAUGUUUCCCACCAUUCAAGUUGAUAUGAAACAUCCGGACAAAUUCCAUUAUGCUGUUAUAGUUGCUUACAUUGUUUUACUCAUAUUUUACUUACCUAUCCAAAUUAUUGGAUACACUGUCUAUGGUUCACAUAUAAAAGAUAAUAUUUUAGAAAUAUUACCUAAAGACUUUUUCCGUUAUUCGGUAGAAAUUUUAAUAACGGGACAUUUAUUGAUGGCCUUUACGAUUGUAUUGAAUCCCGUAUUUCAAGGCUUGGAAGAUGUAUUUAAAACACCAAAACGUUUCUGUUGGCAACGAGUAGCGGUGCGAAGUAUACUGGUAUUAUUUUUAACAUUUUUAGCUGAAACAAUUCCACAUUUUGGACCUAUAUUGUCGUUUAUUGGUAGUUCAACUGUGUCAUUGUUAGGCUUCGUAUUGCCAGUGAUAUGUUACGUUAGUAUUAAAAUUCGUUCAACACAAUUGGUCUAUGAACACCGACUGAAUACAUUGCGGAGAGUGUUUCCUAUUUAUGAACUUAUUCUAUUGGUACUAUCCCUUAUGAUUGGUUUAUUUGGUGCUUUCGCUUCAUCAAUUGCGUCAUUUUCUGACCUAGUUAAUCCAAAAUCGUAUGUAUUGCCUUGUUUUAUUAAUGCAACAUGGGCCGAAGGAACACCGCAUAAUGACACAAAUUAUUAA